CGUCGCUGCCGUUGGUGCGCGGAUUGAAGAUGGCGGUGGCGGGUGAGAGCUCGGUCCUGUCAGCUGAGGUGAAGGCGGUGGCCGCGGGCUGGAUGCUGGAGUUCUCCUGCUGCUGCCUGUGCCGGCACUUCGGGGGCGGGUGCCCCGCAGAGUUCCAGCGGUGGAGCGACGUGGCGCAUGCUCUUAUUAAUGGCCUCUCGAAAAUACCUGCACAUCAGGAAAAAACGGUGUAUCUCUGUCAGCUUUUGAUAAGGAUUGCAAAAGGAAAAAAACUUGAAUGCUAUUUUGAAAAUUCUAAAAGAAUUUCACCUUUGGAAUCUGCUCUGUCUUUCUGGACUUUACUUGAAAGGGAAGAAGUCGAACUGGAAAAGCUUCAUAAAGAUAUUCGUCAGUUGAUUCAAAUUCAGAUUGUAGCAGUCUAUAUGGAAAAUGGAUAUUUCAAGGAGGCUGCUGAAGCUCUUGAAAGGCUGUUUACAGACUCAGAAUCGGAUAAGCCUUUAAGGAUGAAGCUGGCAACUGUAAUUAAAAGCAAGGAUCCGUAUGUUCCUCUUCUCCAAACCUUCAGUUACAAUGUUUUGAUAAGUAAAAUCAAGUCUUACAUUGAACUUUUCAUGAAAGAAAAUGAAACUAACUUCUUAUUACAGGCAGCCAUAAAAGAGGUAGAGUCUCAAGGACCGGGAGCAAUAACAUUGCAAAGCAAAACUGUGAAUGCUGAUAAAAAUAUCAAAGAGAAUUUCGAAACAAAACAAAGGUUAACGAAAGAGCAGCACAGUACUACAGAUCAGUCACCUGGAGAUGUAAGAGACCCAGCAGUAAGGCCUCAUUCAGGAGGGAGACUCAAAAAGAGAACUGUUCUUCAGAGUUUGAAUGGCUUGCAAAAUGUGGAAAAACAUGGACAUGCUUUGGUUUCUGUCCGAAAAAGACAGCGAUGGACUUACAAAGAAGAUUUGCAACUGAAAUUAGGAGUAAAAGAGUUUGGAGUGGGUAACUGGGCUAAAAUUUUGGUCCAUGGUGACUUCAACAACCGAACUAGUGUCAUGUUAAAAGACCGAUGGAGAACACUGUGCAAGAUCCAUCAAGGCUAAUUUGGACUAGAGGAGUCAACUCUUAUUAACCUUUCCCUACAUAAGGACCAGGACCUAGUCUGUCUUUUCAGAAUACUAACUUAUUUCAGUCUCAGAGUGUCCAGCAGUGUUGCUGUCCUAAAAUAUGGAACAGAAAAGUAAUAGAUAUUAAACGUUCAUGUAAGCUUGUUUGCUUGUGUAGUGAUGACUUAAAUGUGUGUAGGUAAAAGGCCAUGCUUUACAAUAGAUGACCUAAUUUCUGAAAUGGGAAAAUGCUUGCAGUGGUUUAAGAAAGGUCAGUUAUGUACAUAAAAGUAUUAAAUGCCUGGCAACAUGUUUGGAUUGAUAGUCAAAUGUUCUGUAUUUUUAAAGUGGUGUAUCUCUAGUCAGAUUGAGGUUUUUAGUAUUUUACUUCCUGCCAAUCUGAUUUGCUUCACUUUGAAAUUUUGAUCAGAUUUGUCAUUUCUCUCAGCAAGUUAUACAAAAAAAAUAUGUAUGUAUUGGUAUUGCUCAUUUUACAAACCAGUUCCUUUUCUUGCACUCAAAAAUGUGAUACUCCAUGUAAUUUCUCAUUUAUAAAUAGUAAAGGUGAGGGCAGGUGGGGGGUGGUUCGUUUGGGCGGGGGGAUUAAGAAUGAAGCUUUAAGCUCUAGGUGGAAGGUUACUUUGAACUUAUGUAUACUGGCUUAAUACCAUCUCAUCUCACAGGAGAGAUGGAAAACAUGGAAAGUAACAGUAUGAUACUAGCACUUAACAGCUAACAUCUCUUGAUUAUCUUGUGUCACCUACCUUGUCUUAAGAAGUGGCUUCUUCUAGACCAGCAGGAAAAGGAAGGCUUGAAAACAAAUGGCCGAAGUGGAGCUCAAUAACAAGUCUGUACUGACACUGGUAGCACAGCUCAUGAGACGUGUUUCAUUUGUGCUCUCCACUGUCUCUGGAUGCAGUUAUAGCAAACUAAGAUAUGCUCUCAUAGAGGUAACUAUCAAGGUGUCACUGUUAAUAAUAUUCGUGAAAGACUGUAAUGGAUAAUGGUACUAGGUUGUCUCUCUUGAUUCAGAUUGUGUAGAGAAGGUUCCACAACCUCAGAAAACCCAUACUUUUCACUGUCAUGCUGGUGUGAGUCUUUGGACUUAAACUAACAUAUCACAGCAUUCUUUCAAAAAGGAAAUCUCUUCAAUUCAGAGGUUUUCUGUACCUUUAUCCUUGGAUAAGAUUUUUUUUUUACAAGAACCUGACAAGGAAAAGCAUCUGUCCAUACUGGUCAUAAUAAACCUCCCAGAUAUUUUUCCUGGCUACAAGGAAGACAUAUAUUCCUGCAGGCUGAAAUGUUCAGGAAGUAUUAAGAAAUCUCUCUGCGUUCUGUUUUGGAGGCCUGCUUCCAUUAAGAUUAUAUACUUAGUCAAGUACAGUUACAAGGGUUUGUUUCACACUCUAUUGUGGACAAGACCUCAGCCAGAUCAUCUUCCUCAUUCUUUCCAACAGAUGCUACAGUUUCUUCUUGCAGCUGGUAGAAACAGCCUAGUCUAUAGGUUGCACAGAGCUGCUGCAUGUCUUAACUGUACAUUUUCUCAACCUUAAGUCAUCAUUUUUUUUUAUUCCUUUUUUUAGCAAACAUUAUGAAUUUCAGGAUUUUGAUGAAAUACAGGCAUUGUCCUUCAGCAGGGAAUGCUAGAGCAGCUGUAAGCCAACAACUGAAAAAGUCUUAGCAGGUAUCUGACAACUAAGAAAGUGCAGUAUGCUGCCUCUUUAAUGCUGUAACAAUAAGUCAAGGUAAGUAAUAGCAAAACAUGGAUUUGAGCUACCUGAGUAGCAGUCUUGCCUGUGCUUUAACAUUAAUGCUCUGUGCUAAUCAUUGUGCGUGAGCAGUUUUAACUAGUAAUAAGUAAUUUUUUUAAUGUCAGCCAAGGCUUUAGUCACAAAGUUUUGUUUAGGUUCAUCUGCCAUAAAGUUCACACUAUGUAUUAGUGACAUGAAGUUCUGAGCAAGGCUGUUUAACAACGCUGGUUUGUCGUAUGUCUCCUAUGAAGGUGACUGGAUAUGAAAGCAGCAAUGUAGAGGAAGAAUACUUGUAGUAUAAACAACUGUCUAGAUGAUACUGGGAAGGAACAAAGGAUCUAAACUGAAAUCCUGUUUUAGCUCUCCAACAUUAAUUUUUAUUCACCUUGCUAUUUAAUGAUGACUGUGACUGUUCUGUCUUGAAAAUGUUUGUCUGGCUCUCUACUGAGUAGGCACAAUGCCUGUAGACAGGACUGUGGCCAGUAAAGAACAAGAACUUCAGGAAAAGCAGCUACUAUGUUUAAAAACAUUACCUCUUUAAUUACAAAAGAGAAACAUGGAAACAUGCUUCUAGUGUUCUAAUACAAAGAUCAGUCUUAGUGUUUUGUGUUAAGGCAGAGAGUGUUUCCCAAAAUGCUUCUUCAAAAGUUCCGAUUCAUUUAAAAUUUGUCUAGGCUCCAGACAGUGCAGCAGAAAGAUGUGGGUUUCUUGGCAUUGGUUAAUUUUCUUAAUCUUUUUGUUGUUGCUGUUUUAAAGGUCUUUUAGACUUUCAUGUAAAAAUAAAGCUAUGCACAAGGGGACAUGAGCAGUGCUCCAGCUGCCGAAUCUUCCUCCAGGUUCCUUGGCACUGAGAGUUGCCAACUGCUUCCCAGUGUAAGAUUUUACCUCUGAAAUGUGACAAUAAGUGAGGAUUAAAAAGCUGAAAAAUCUGUAUUUCAAGUUACUAGAUUAUGUUGUAUAAUACAUCAAAGAUUAGAUUUGCUUAAUAAUAUUUAGUUAUCUCUUCUAGCGCUUAAAAUGCUUUCUGGAGCAGACACUGUAUUCCUAAGUCUAGUAUACGGGAUGACGGAUUGCGUAGCUGGUUGUACAGGUAUUAAGUAUUGUGCAUAUUAAUAAAUGUAUAAAGCAAAUAAAAAUCUGUUCUGAAUAUUAAA